UUCCAACUUGCUCUGCAGGUGUUCAAGAGCGGACCACUUUUCAUUUCAUCCAAAGGAAUUGGUUGGAAGUCGUGGAAGAAGCGCUGGUUCAUCCUCACCCGCACCUCUUUGGUUUUCUUCAAAAAUGAUCCAGGUGCAUUGCCACAAAGAGGUGGUGAAGUUAAUCUGACUCUUGGGGGCAUUGACUUAAAUAAUUCUGGGAGCGUGGUGGUUAGAGAAGAUAAGAAGUUGUUGACUGUUCUAUUUCCUGAUGGCCGUGAUGGGCGUGCAUUCACCCUAAAGGCAGAGACAUCAGAGGAUCUAUUUGAAUGGAAAGCAGCACUAGAACUUGCCCUUGCACAAGCUCCAAAUGCUGCACUUGUGAUGGGACAUAAUGGAGUAUUUCGGAAUGACAAUGCUGAUACUUUUGAAGGAUCAACACAGGCUUGGAGAAACAAGCGCCCCAUCAAGUCCUUAGUUGUUGGUAGACCAAUAUUGCUUGCACUUGAAGACAUUGAUGGGGGACCUUCCUUCCUUGAAAAAGCAUUACGCUUUUUGGAGAAAUAUGGAAUAAAAGUAGAAGGAAUCUUGCGACAAUCAGCUGAUGUUGAGGAGGUUGAUAGGAGAGUACGAGAAUACGAGCAAGGAAUGACUGAAUUCACAUCAGAUGAGGAUGCCCACGUUAUUGGUGACUGUAUUAAGCAUGUUCUUCGGGAGCUUCCAUCAUCUCCAGUUCCUGCAUCCUGCUGUACAGCAUUACUAGAAGCAUAUAGAUUGGAACACAAGGAAGCUCGAGUGAAUGCCAUGCGCUCUGCAGUAUUAGAGACAUUCCCAGAACCAAAUCGUCGUUUGCUUCAGAGGAUAUUGAAGAUGAUGCACACAAUUGCUGCACAUACUGCUGAAAAUCGGAUGACAGCAUCUGCUGUUGCUGCAUGUAUGGCACCUUUGUUACUGCGACCACUAUUGGCAGGUGAAUGUGAGCUAGAGGAUAAUUUUGAUUUGAACGAUGAUAGCUCUGCUCAGCUUCUGGCUGCUGCAAAUGCUGCCAAUAAUGCUCAGGCGAUCAUCACAACUCUCUUAGAGGAAUACGAGAAUAUAUUUGAUGACGAUACUCUACAUAGAUGCUCUUUUUCACCCGAUUCUCAAUCCGACGGGACUGGUAGUGAGGAAUCAACAGAUGAUGACAAAUCAGAAGCCGAUGAAAAUGGAUAUCAUGACAUAGAGAAUGACAUAGACAUGGACAUGGAAACAGGUGACGAUCCAGAACGUGUACUUAGUGCAAAAAUGAGCGAAAGCAGUGGAUCUGCUGGCAGUGACCUUUAUGACUACAAGGUUUUCGCUGGUAAUGAUUCAGGUGCUGAAUCUCCUAAAGAUAUUCAUGCUUCGGAGAAAAAUAUUGAACCUGAUAUAAGUUCACAACCCCAAUAUAGUGGAAAUGGUUUGACGAACACAAAUCAUGAGAACUCAUUGAGGGAGAAGGACACUUCUAGUGCUUUACCUGUGCGGGAGUCUACACUAUCAAUGGGAGAGAUCCUGUCCUCCUUGGAUAGUGUCUCUUUUACAUCUAAUGUAAAUGAAUACCGUGCUGAGAAAAACCAAAAUAGAGUUAAUGGAUCAAAUAGCCAUGUAAAGCGCAACAAUUUUUGGGGGCGCAACAAUGUUAAAAAGAAUCAGUCAGUAGAAUCAGUUAACUCAUCUGGUGAAGAAGAGCUUGCUAUUCAAAGGCUUGAGAUCACAAAGAAUGACCUCCGGAUGCGAAUUGCAAAAGAGGCAAAAGGAAAUGCCAUUCUGCAAGCAAGUUUGGAGAGAAGAAAGCAGGCUUUGCAUGAGCGUCGCUUAGCAUUGGAACAAGAUGUCUCAAGACUACAAGAACAACUGCAAGCUGAGAGAGAACUUAGGGCUGCUCUGGAAGUUGGCUUAAGCAUAUCAUCUGGACAGCUCUCAAGCUCUCGCAGUAUGGAUUCUAAGACAAGGGAAGAGCUAGAGGAGAUUGCCCUUGCUGAAGCAGAUGUAGCGAGACUGAAGCAGAAGGUUGCGGAGCUCCACUUGCAACUGAAUCAACAGCGCCAAAAUCAUUAUGGAUCAUCUGCUGAUGACUGCAAUCGCUAUCAGAAUCUUGGAGCUAGUCUACCUCUGCAAAAGGUUCUUCAACAAGAUUUUGAUUUGAGCCUUGCUUUCUGCAAUCACGAGAAGAAACAAAGAAGUGAGGAGGGUUCAUCAGGGACAGACUGGAGAAGCAUUAAGCCACAACUACACUCUUGUGCUGGCAUCAAGCAGCUCUCCCAGGAACGAUCUUUCGAGACGGAUUUGAGUGAAUCAAACGGUUUAGAUGCAUCUUCAGGCAUUAGCUCAGAGACAAAUUCUGCUUCAGUUGGUUCCAUAAACUCGAAAGGUUUCGACUAUAACCAGAGGCAACCAAUGCCUGCAGUGACAUCUUCAACUCUGGUGGAGUUAACAACACGACUCGACUUUUUUAAGGAAAGGAGGUCGCAACUCAUGGAGCAACUUCAUAAUCUUGACCUAAGCCUUGGCACAUCUUCAGCCUACAGAUCUUCACCGCCAUAGAACAGCAGCAGCAGUCCUAGAUGACUGCCGAAAAUACCAGAUAGUUAUAACCAAGUUCCCUUUGUAUAUCCUUCAUUCAGCUUCACUUUCUUUUUCCUCUUUUUUGUGUAUUCUGAUUUUCUUCAUCUAUUAUUGGGCAUUCAUAGGGAGGUGCCCUUGUAAAAAACUGGUGUGAUGUUGUAAUUUUUGUUCCCGUCCUUUCUUUUCUUUGUAGUUUUGUUGAAGAAGCUGGUAAACAGAAUGUGAGGACAUUUAAUGGUUAUGUCUCCCUUCCGUAAAAUAUAUCAAUAUUGCCUUUGAUUCA